AUGACAGCGGGCUUGCGAACGCCUGCAACGAACCAAAGAACGAUUGCCCUAGGAGCUUUCAAGGUGGAUGAUACGAUCGUGGAAGAACGACCAGACGAGUCCAAUAACGAUUUUGAAGAUCCGGUUGGAGACACCAGCGAGAUGUUAGAUAACGCGUAUGGCCCCAGUGGCUAUGAUACAAAUCCUGCAAGUGAGGAAACUCGUAUGAGGUUGGAGAUUGCGAGGCUCCAACAUGAGAUUGAAAGGAUGAAAGCUGGCAGGGCUAAUGAGACCCUGGCUAGUGAUGACAAUGUCAGUGCAGAUCUGGCAGAGUUUUUACAAAAACAAGGAAGGACUUCAGCUCUUAUGAAGAUCCUGGGUGAGUUCCGAGAUCAGGUUAGGCCCAUCAAGAAGCCAGUUAUCCUCACAGGCUCUGAGAACUACCCAAUGUGGAAAGAAGAGAUCCUCCUAGCAGUGAGGCAAUCUCGUACGAUUGAUAUCAUUGACAACAAGCAAAUUGGUCCCCAAGGAGAACGCAAGCAACGACAUGCAGCGGUUUUGGGAAGAACAUAA